UCCUGACCGCAGGUGAUCCGCCUUCCUCGGCCUCCCAGAGUGCUAGGAUUACAGAAAUGAGCCACCGUGGCCGGCCUCCCUUGAGUCUUUAAACAUAAAGGAAGUCAAAAGGGUCCUCUGUAGCUGACCCUGAGAACCAGCUGAGUCUUACCCAACCCUCCCAAAAGGGGAACCCGAGUGACAAGUCUCUUAGUCAAGGUGGUUCAAUCUCUCACUGAAGGUCAACGAAUUCUACGUGGGAUUUUAGAGCAAAAGGGAAGUUUAGAAAUCUCUUAGCUCAACCGUCCCUGUUGAGAGAUAGGAAAACCAAGCCCCAGGUUGGUGGCUGAUGUGGUCACAAGUUCUAGGACCCCAAAUCAGACUCAACUCUUUGGGGGACAAGAGGAGCCUCAUUACAGGGACAUCACAGUCCUGUUGACCCGAGUCCAGCUGGAAUUUGGGGUGUGGGCUCCCCAGGGUGCAGGGUUACCUCUCUUUAAGAGCACUAGCUGAGAUUCUGACUCAGGGAAGGGGCACUCUAUCAGGACCGGGGGUGAUGAAGCGAUAUGAACUGUGGACCUCUUUCCGGAGGUCCGAUACCAUCGAGGCCUCUGUUUUAUGAAGAAACCCUGAGUUUCUUUCAUAAUCUCUGCUCUUAGCUCUUUCUCAGAACGGAGUUUGUGUGAAUCAAAACCAAGUGGUUGUUCAUUAACUACAGUAUAGGUGAUUGGUUCCUGUUUUUUCUUUAAAAAAACACACUCUCCUAACAGGGGCCAAAAGGAAGUUCGCUGUGAACCGGAGGGCUUGGCCAUGGCGUUGGCUGUGUCACUGUCACUUGCCAGAUUCAGGGAGAGCAUGCUGGGGCUGAGGCAAGAAAGGGGUUGUGAGGCUCAGGGGAGGUCACUAGAAAAGGCAGGAGAAUCACUUUCCUGUGGCUGGAGAACCCAGAAGCCAGCCCCCGCUUACACCGUGCCUGGGUGGAAAUUGCUUGGCCAGGACUCAUGAGCACUAGAAAGGGUCCUUGUUAUGGGGUCUGGGGCUGGAGUCAGUUGACCUGGGGUCUCCAUGGACCCCGAGCCGAAGGGAAGACCAAUGCUUCCUGAAGGGAAGUCUGUCCCCAGCCUGGCCCCACCGAGACUCUGCUGGAGCCAUGUGGGUCUUUUAGGAACCUGGAAAAGACUUGGGGGUCAGAGGGUUUGAUUUUUCUCCCCUCUUGCCCCAGUACCCUGCAUUUCUCCCUGUGCUGCAGGCCGUGUUCACCAGGUGCUCUGAGGACCUCUGACGGUACCGGGUGGCACAGUGGCUUCAGAGUGAAAUCCUAACAGGCCAGGAGCCCUGGGCUUGAGUCACUUUCCUGUCUACACCUCAGUUUUCCCACCGGCAACCCGGGAAGACACUGCUUGACAUAGGCACACUGGGGAGCUUCAAACGGCUGUUUUCAUCCUUAGCACAUCCGCUCCAUUCCCUCUGCGGAGAGACAGCCGUGCCGGGCACUGCCCAGUGCUUCAUACCCAUGCUGCACGGAGUAACUGCCCACCUCCUGGGCUGAAAGUCAAGAGCAUGGAGGCCUGGGGGCCAGCCAGACAGACCCCAGUCCUGCUCACUCUGCCCUGGGGUCCUGAGUCCUCCAGGCCUCAACUCCUCCUGUAUAAAGUGGGACAGCAGCGGGAGUCAGCGUCACAACCAUGGUCAGGGUUAAAGGUGUAAUAAGCAGGGCAGGCUAAGCAGCCCCCUGCCAAAGGCAUUGGCCAGCGCCUCUUAUCACAGAGACCUCAGCCAGUACCUUUGGUUCCAGUUGAUUUCCUCAUAAAUAUUAUGUGUAAAAAAAGACCAUCUUUUGACGGGCAAACCGUGGCCCUCACAGCCCCCCUCAAAACAAAGUGCAAGCCCCCAGCCCUUCCCCUGCUCAUGCGGUCCCCUCCUCUCCACCCAGGGUCUGGCCUCCCCAGGGGCUUUCCUGAAGCAAAGAAGAGUUAGAAGCUGGCAGGAAGGUGUAAGGUGCACACAAAAUGCCACGCUCCUUCCUGGUGAAGAGCAAGAAGGCUCACACCUACCACCAGCCCCGUGCACAGGAGGAUGAACCACUCUGGCCACCUGCCCUUACCCCGGCGGCCAGAGACCAGGCCCCCAGCAACAGCCCUGUCCUUAGCACCCUAUCCCCAAGCCAGUGCCUGGACUGGACCAGCCUCAAACUAGAGCAGGAGCUGGAGCAGGACCAAAACUUGGCCAGGAUGGUCCCAGCACCAGAGGACCCUAUUGUGCUGUCCCGACCCCAGGAUGGGGACUCUCCACUGUCUGACUCACCCCUGUUCUACAAGCCCAGCUUCUCCUGGGACACCCUGGCCUCAACCUACAGCCACAGCUACCGGCAGGCCCCCUCCACCAUGCAGUCAGCCUUCCUGGAGCACUCCGUCAGCCUGUACGGCAGCCCUCUGGUGCCCAGCACCGAGCCCCCCUUGGACUUCAGCCUCCGCUACUCCCCGGGCAUGGAGGUGUACCACUGCGUGAAGUGCAACAAGGUGUUCUCCACCCCUCACGGGCUCGAAGUGCAUGUGCGACGCUCCCAUAGUGGGACCCGGCCCUUCGCCUGUGACAUCUGUGGCAAAACCUUCGGCCACGCCGUGAGCCUGGAGCAGCACACGCAUGUUCACUCCCAGGGCAUCCUGGCUGGGUCCAGUCCUGCGCCUGCACCUGACCCCCCGGGGCCUCGUUUCCUCCGGCAGGAGCGCUGCUUCGAGUGCCGCAUGUGUGGCAAGGCCUUCAAGCGCUCGUCCACGCUGUCCACCCACCUGCUCAUCCACUCAGACACGCGGCCCUACCCCUGCCAGUUCUGCGGCAAGCGCUUCCACCAGAAGUCGGACAUGAAGAAGCACACCUACAUCCACACUGGUGAGAAGCCACACAAGUGCCAGGUGUGUGGGAAAGCCUUCAGCCAGAGCUCCAACCUCAUCACCCACAGCCGCAAGCACACGGGCUUCAAGCCCUUCAGUUGUGAGCUGUGCGCCAAGGGCUUCCAGCGCAAGGUGGACCUGCGGCGGCACCGCGAGAGCCAGCACAAUCUCAAGUGAGGCUGCGCCAGCUCCCGGCUCCUGGCCAGCCUGCCCUGCAGUCCUGUCACCUGGAGGCCAACCUCACAUGCCCAGAUCUCCGGUCUCCUGGAGAUGGGACUGGAUGGGAGUCUUCCAGCUUGUUUUGAGACUCACCAAAUUGCCGUGUGACCUUGGGAAAGUCACUUUCCCUCUCUGGAUCAACAUUUCUCCUGCUGCCAAGUGUGGGAGCCUGCCUGGGUCUUUCUGAGCAAAAGUUGUUUCCAGGUGUGCUCAGGUGCCUUCCUCUAGCACAGCACAGAAAGCUAGAAUACCCGCAGGGAGACAGGGAUGCCGAGAGCAGACCAGAGCUGGGACCCACGGGGAGGCCUGCUGCCCACCGAGCUGGGACCUGGUCACCCUGGGUUUUAGUGGACCUCUUUCUGGCUGCAACAGGCAGAGAGUCAGAGCUGACUCCCGCCCCAGUCAGAGGCCCAGCACCCGCUCUGCUUCGGCCAGAUGUGCUGACUGUCCCCUACUUCUGACCAGCACUCAGCUGGCCACUGGGGAUUCCAGUUCUACAGCCAGGCCAUGAGGCUGGAGAAACUGGCAGUUACUGCUGUCGAAAGCCUGUCCUUUCAAUUGCUGUCAAUAAAAUUAAAGACACAGAUUUGCUGC